AUGAAGCCUGAUAUGAAGGAGAUAUCCAUUCAGACUGGAGUGGCUACUGUCAUCGCCAAUAAGCUGGAGCAACCUGAUCUCGAUAAUCGGUCGUACCGUGUAAUUCAGCUACCUAAUAAGCUCGAGGCGUUGAUUGUGCAUGACCCGGACACAGAUAAAGCCAGUGCUGCGUUAGACGUGCAUGUUGGGAACUUUUCCGACAGUGAAGACUUACCAGGCCAAGCACACGCUGUAGAACAUCUUCUGUUUAUGGGAACUGAAAAGUAUCCAAAAGAGAAUGAGUAUUCUCAGUAUCUAGCAGAAAACUCCGGACAUUCCAAUGCAUACACUGCCUCCACAUCUACAAAUUACUACUUCGAAGUAGGGCACGAGCAUUUCUAUGGUGCACUUGAUCGUUUUGCACAGUUCUUUAUCGCUCCGCUCUUUCUCGCAGAGACACUCGACCGUGAGCUUAGAGCUGUGGAUUCUGAAAACAAGAAAAAUCUCCAAAAUGAUACUUGGAGGCUUCAUCAAUUAGGAAAAUCCCUAUCUAACCCUAACCAUCCAUACUGUCAUUUCUCCACAGGAAAUCUUGAGACAUUGAAAGAGCAGCCAACUAAGAAGGGCAUUAACGUCAGAGAUGAGUUUCUGAAAUUCCAUGAUAAGUACUACUCAUCAAAUGUGAUGAAACUCGUGGUUUUGGGUAGAGAAGACUUAGAUACACUCGAGAAAUGGGUUGUGGAGUUGUUUGAGGGUGUCAAAAACAAGAACCUACCAGAUCCUAAGUUUGAAGGGCAACCUUUCACUGAGGAGCAACUGCUGACGCAAUAUUUUGCUAAACCUGUCAUGGAUACCCGAUCCUUAGAUAUCACAUUCCCAUACCUUGAUGAAGAAAAGUUGUUCCGGACACAACCCUCGAGAUAUGCAGCUCAUCUAAUUGGGCAUGAGGGCCCUGGUUCCAUACUUGCAUAUCUGAAAAAGAAAGGAUGGGCCAAUGGGCUUUCAGCUGGACCAACAUCAGUUUGUAAUGAUGCUGCUUUCUUCUAUAUCUCUAUCAGGUUGACAGAAGAAGGAUUAGCUCAAUAUGAGGAGGUUGCAAAGCUUGUGUUCCAGUACAUUCACCUUAUUCGUAGCACUCCUCCACAGGAGUGGAUCAUGAAAGAACUUCAAGCUGUUGCUGCUAUUGACUUCAAAUUUCAACAAAAGUCCCCAGCUUCCAAGUUCACAUCACGCCUCUCUGAUGUCAUGCAGAAGCCCCUUCCUAGAGAGUGGCUCCUAUCGGGAACGAGUUUGAUUCGCGAGUUCGACCCGGCAAUCAUCAAGAAAUCUUUAGAAUUUCUACGACCUGACAGCUUUAGGCUUUCCAUUGUCUGUAGGGAUUGUCCCAAAGGAAACUGGGAAGCAAAAGAGAAAUGGUACGGGACUGAAUACAGGGUUGAGAAAAUUCCCCAAAAGUUUCUAUCUGAGAUUCAAGGAAUCUUUAAGAAAAGAGUGGAGGAUUUAGAAAAGGAGCUACAUCUCCCUCAUAAGAACGAGUUUAUCCCCACAAACUUCGAUGUUCAAAAGAAGGAGACAAAGGAACCUUCAAAGGUACCAGUAUUGAUAAAGCAUACAGACUUGUCUAGAGUUUGGUAUAAGAAAGACGACACCUUCUGGGUUCCCAAAGCAAACAUAUUCUGUACACUUCGAAACCCCAUAGCAUAUGCGAGUCCUGGAAGUGCUGUGAAGGCGAAACUUUAUUGCGAAUUAGUCAAGGAUGCUCUCAAUGAAUACGCUUACGAUGCGGAAAUCGCUGGCCUUGAAUAUUCUCUGGCUGCCCAUUCGCUGGGAUUAGACAUCGAGAUUUCAGGCUACAACGAUAAAAUGUCUGUGCUAUUAGAGAAACUUCUUACAAAGAUGCGUAGUUUAGAAAUUUCGCCCAGUCGGUUUAAUGUUAUCAAAGAACGAACUCUGAGAGGCUACCGAAACUGGGACUUCGCCCAACCGUAUUAUCAGGUUGGAGAAUAUGCCAGGUACCUGCACGCUCAGCAGAUGUGGCUGAACGAUGAACAUCUCGAGGAGCUAGAAACCGUUACUAUGGAAGAAGUGCAAAGCUUCUAUCCAUUGAUUCUUAAGCAGUUGCAUAUUGAAUCCUUGGUCCAUGGAAAUCUCUACAAAGAGGAUGCACUUAGACUUACUGCAAUGGUCGAAACAAUCCUUAAACCUCGGCCACUCCCUCUUGCGCAGUUUGGCAUCCGGAGAUCUCUUCUUAUGCCGCAUGGUGGGAAGUUUAUCUAUCCCCGAAAGCUCAAAGAUGAGAAAAACCUUCGGGCCUUAACAGUCCUAUUUUCACAGUUGACUGAAGAGCCCGCUUUUGAUUUGCUGAGAACUAAGGAGCAACUUGGAUACGUUGUGUUUUCUGGUGCUCGUAUCAAUACUGCAACAAUGGUUUAUCGAGUUCUUAUCCAAUCCGAGCGAUCUGCUCCGUACCUGGAGUCAAGGAUCGAGAAUUUCUUAAAAUCAUACAAGACUACCCUCGAUAAAAUGACAGAGAAAGAACUCAAGGGUCAUAUCAAUAGUGUCAUCGUCAAACGAACCGAGAAGAUGAAAAACCUGAAUCAGGAAAGUUCAAGGCUAUGGAACUACAUAGGCAGUGAAUACUUUGAUUUCUUGCAGGUCGACAUCGAGGUUGACGUGAUCAGAAACCUUACCAAAGCUGACGUUGUUGAGUUCUACAACACCUUCAUCGAUUUUUCAUCUCCAAAACGCUCCAAAAUCUCUGUCCACAUGCAUGCAGCAGCCACUCCUCCACCCCCUGCUCCUGUUCCCACGUCAGAUCAAAAGGCCACAUUAGCUCUAUCCCUUUCUCAGUUUAUUUCAAGCCAAGGGGGCGUCAGCGUUGAUGCUGUGAAUCUCGCAAAGGCCCUUGAAAGUACCGAUUUGACGAAGGCCGAAUCCAUUAUCGGAUCAGUGACAACUUUUCUAUCGAAGGAAUUGAAGUUGUCGGAUGAGAAGGUUAAGGUGAUUAUUGACCAAGGUUCGGCUUUGCUGGAACCAAUGCUAUCAAAGCUUUCAGGCUCGCUUCCGAACGAAAAGUUCGAUGGUGAUCAGGGUCAAAUCAUUGAAGAUGUAUAUGGCUUCAAGGCUGGGUUGGAAAUGACAAAGGGUGCAAGGCCUGUCAGACCACUAGUGGAAUUCGAGGAAUCAUCGGUUAAGCUUUAG